AUGUCAUGCAGUACAGAGAUGAAGUCCCAUCCUGGCGAGAUGAGGGUCUAUCUGUUCCGGAAGUUAUUGGCCUCGCCCAACGAUUUGCAGCGCGAAGUGUGCGAGGAGGCGAUCGGCGAGGUUUUGGAUCAGGUUCUCAGUGGACGCACCAGCACAAUCUUCAGCUGCAGCGGAGUAUAUAGGGAACUUGGAAGGGAUCCAGCUGACAUGGUCACCCGCAUCCUGGGCGAACUCUUCACCAGCAUCUACUCGAUGGAGACGAACUUGGAGGUGCACGUUUCGGUGCGGUAUGUUCAGCUCAGCGGAGAGUCGGACGAUCUGGUGGUCAACCUCAGGGGAGGCAAUCGCCGGGCCACCCGAGAUCACUUUGUGGCCACUGCCCGUGAGGUGCUCACCUACAUGGAGAGGGUCAUGGGCAGAGUGGGAGAAGCCGGCGAUUGUCCACACCUGAUCUUCACCAUCCACGUGAGGCAGGCGAAUAGCGAGCAGUUAAGGAAAUGUUGCGGGAAGCUUCAAAUUGUACACCUGAAGAUCCUGGAGGAAGAUUCGUCGCCCCUUGAAUCGGACACGUCCCUGGACACGCUGGUGAAUCUGUUCCAAGCCCUGGCCAACAAUCCCAAGACCCACAUUCGGUACCACAACAUACGGUUGACCAGGCUUUUAAAACAACUAACGGGCAGCGAAGGCAGAACAGUGGUAAUCAACUACACAGAUCCCCCGGAAAUAAGAGACCACCUAGUUGCGUCCGCACCAGCACCUACUUCCUCUUCCAAUACCAACGUAAGUCUGCCCGUCGAAGUCUGGAGGGGAAUGUUCAGACAGGAGCGAAAAAGGUACCUCUGCUUGAGGGAAAAGGUUCUGGGAAUGGUGGAGGAAAGGGAGGAGCUGGAGAUGUUCCUGGAGAGCUUGGAGAUGGGCGACAAUCCAGAGGAGGAAAGAAAUACCUCUGAAGGAGACUGCUGUGGAAUAGAGGAGAGCCUCAUGCAGCAGAAGAUGCUGCUGAUUCGCAAAGAGGCAGAGAUGUCCAUCGAAAAGCUGCAAGAUCUGCAGGGAGACAUCGAUCAUCUAGCUGAAAGCAACGAUCACUUGGAGUCGGAACUUGCCCAAAAGAACAUCCAACUGGACAGACAGAGCUAUCUGUUGCGUUCCAUUCACAAGGAGCUUAUAGAUCAGAAGCGGAAGUUCCAGGACAAACUGGCCGAGUACUCGGACUUGUUCCAGAGUAUGUGGCAAAGGCAGAGUGUGGACAUUCAACGGCAGGAGCAAGUGCAGCGAAAUCAGUUGUCCGAGAUGCUCGAAAACAUCUGCCAGGCGAUGCAGCGGUGGUGCCACAGGAAAGCAGCCCUAAUGCCGCAGGAGGAUGAAGGGCUGGAGACACGGAAGAGCCUGGUGGAAGACCCUAAGCUCUAGAGUUUUCCACUCGGCUCCCAGCGAAGAGGCCACGAAUCACCCGCUUAAAGGUCAGCCAGUCCAUCGACUGCUUCAGGUUUUUUUCCAGCUCCGAAGCCAAAGCCAUCCGGCCAUCCGGACCAGUCACGAACCAUUCGGAGCCAUCUCACACAUUCCCCAGCGCAUCUGGCUGUGCCACUUUGCCAUUUAGCUGGCGCGACGGAACCGAAGCGAUAUCUGUCGGCAAGUUCGUUGCCUAAGUCUUUCGUUUUGCCCGCCAGUUUAAGGCUGUGAAAUCGGGAAGGGCGGCUGGGAAUGGAUUUGGAAGGGGAAAGUUCCCUAGCCUAAUCAAUUAGUGCUAUCAAAUUUAUACUAUUUCCAAAUUCUAGAUGGAGUAAUGUUAAGUCGACUAUGUUCUACGUGCUUUCUAUCCGGAAAAUGCAGUUAUGUGUAGAUACAAAUUUUACAGUUAUUA